UCUUCACGCAUAUGCUUCCCUCUCUCAAAAGAAAAAUCCUAGCCUCCGUUGCUGCUCUCUUCUUCAAGCUGUGUCACCGCUCCGUUGAAUCUGGUCCGGCCAUCGUCCCCACUGUUUCAGCGUCGUCGCAGCUCGUCUCUGCCGUUGCAUCGCGUCGCCUUUGUUCAGCCUUGUCGCCUCUGUUCCGCAGCCCUCGUUUGUUCCAGUCCCGCGGCCGUCGUUUGCUAGUGCUAAUCUGCUCUCAGCCUAUCCCAGUCUCGCUCUCGCUCUCUGCCUCUGCUUCUUGCGUCUCACCGUCUCCUUGCAACUCUAAGCUCUCCCUCAGUCUGUCUCGCUCAGCUUCACUGGUUAAGUCACUUAGGUUCUACGCUACGUUUUGGACCCUGUACGGCUGUACUAUCCUUCCAUUUCUGUAUAGAAACUCGUUCCUGACUUACAUACACAUCGGUACCAUCAUUCCACAAAUCGUGCCGAAAAAUGAAUCCUCGGCCACAACCGUCGCCACCUCACGAUGAUGACGACAACAACGAGGAAGUCUUCAUUGACGAGUCUGAUAUUCUGCAAGAAGUUUCCAUGGACAAUGAAGACCUUCCAGAUGCCGAUGAUGACCAAGAUUCGGAUCUCGAACAUCUCGAUGAGGCUGAUGAUUCUGCGCAUACGUUCACUGGUCAUACUGGGGAGUUGUACUCAGUUGCAUGCAGCCCAAGCGAUGCAAGGUUGGUGGCAACAGGGGGUGGUGAUGACAGAGGAUUUCUCUGGAAGAUCGGUGAUGGAGUUUGGGCUUCUGAGCUAAAAGGUCAUAAUGAUUCUGUAUCUAGUUUAGCUUUUAGCCACAAUGGACAGUUUCUUGCAUCCGGAAGUUUAGAUGGAAUUGUUCAAGUAUGGGAUGUUUUUGGAAAUCUGAAAGGCACACUGGAAGGUCCUGGAGGGGGAAUUGAGUGGCUUAGGUGGCAUCCGAGAGGACACAUACUCUUAGCUGGUUCUGAGGAUUCCACUGUUUGGAUGUGGAAUGCUGAAAGAGCUGCUUUUCUUAAUAUGUUUGCUGGUCACGGAGCUAGCGUGACCUGCGGUGAUUUUACUCCUGAUGGGAAAAUAAUAUGUACUGGUUCAGAUGAUGCAACUCUGAGAAUAUGGAAUCCAAAGAGUGGAGAAAACAUUCAUGUUGUGCGGGGUCAUCCGUAUCAUACUGAGGGACUAACUUGCUUGUCAAUAAGUUCAUCGUCAACCCUUGUCCUUACUGGUUCCAAGGACGGAUCUGCCCAUAUUGUGAAUAUCUCUACCGGGAAGGUUAUUAAUUCCGCGCCUCUUCAUUCAGAUUCCAUUGAAUGUGUUGGUUUUGCGCCAAGUGAUUCCUGGGCUGCAAUUGGGAGUUUGGAUAAAAAACUUGUCAUCUGGGAUAUAGAGCAUUCCUUAUCUCGUGCCACUUGUAACCAUGAGGAUGGGGUGACAUGUUUGGUGUGGCUUGAUGCUUCGUAUUUGGCCACUGGAUGCGUGGAUGGAAAAGUAAGAUUAUGGGAUAGCCGGUCCGGUGAAUGCACACACACAUUCAGGGGGCACGAAGAUGCCAUUCAGUCUCUUUGUGUGUCUGCUGAUCACAAUUACCUUGUCUCGGCUUCAAUGGAUGGAACAGCUCGCGUCUUUGAGGUUGGCGAGCUUCAGUAAGCAAACCCCCCCCCCCCCCCUCUUCCCUCUGCCCCACUGGUUGGUGUUCCUGUUUAUCUAUUGGGGAGGCUAAGUAUUUUAUACGAAGAUUUUUUCUUUUUAUUAUUUGUGGGAGGAGUUAAAAGAAGUUUAAAUAUUUACAUUUGUGUAUCCUAUGGUUUUGAUUGAGGUGCCAAUUCAAAAGAUAAAGGAAUGCAAUCCUGAAAAUUGCUUUUGAAAGAAUCUUAAGAUACUAAUUUUGCUCUAGAAAAUUUAGGACUUAAAGCUGUUGUCUAGGAUUAUUAGAAUGGAAGUAGUUGAAAUUUUUAAAGUAAAGUAAAGAAAACUAUGGAAUGUAUCAAUAUACGAGACGUUCAAAGUUAAAGUAGUCUAGUUUA